GCCCUCGCCUUCGCCUUCGCCUUCUCUUGUCUUUUCUUCUCUUUCUUCCUCUUCGCGUCUCUCGUCUCAUCCUCCACAGUGACGCCUUUGUUCUCUCGGAGAUUUCUUCUGCUUCUUGAAUCCUCGCGGUGAAAGAGAAUAGGACUGUUGUUCCGGUGAAAGGACGCCAUUGAUUCAUGUGCGAGUCCUGAGAGGGCUAUGCGAUCUGUACAAACAAUCGCUUGUUGAUCCGGCUCCCGGUUGGAGAUGAUGAGAUACCAGAGAGUUAGCCCGGACAUCCUCCCCCUCGGCAAUGGAAGGAAGCCGAUCCUGAGAACAUGGAAAGAAGACGACGCCGACCACGGCAGCAGAAGCACUAGCCACUCCCCUCUCGAAGCCAAACCCAUAAGAGCGAGAUCGGUGUCCGGAUCGGCCGGCCCAUCCCCAACCCGAGACCACCAGUUCCCUCGCACCUCCUUCCCCUCAGAUUCCCCUACCUCAGCGGCGCACUCGGAGAGCCAACCGCCGCCCCCUUCCGCUUCCGCCAAGUCUUAUAGCCGGCACCAUGAGACCAUCAACGGGGUCGGCUGCGACGUCAUACUGCAGUGGGGACACAACAAGCGGUCCCGCGGGCCGAGGGCGGAGAGCCGGGCGUCGGGCGACGAGACCUCCUCCCACUCGAAGCAGAUGCUCAAGGUUCCUCGCCGAUCGGCGGCGGCGGCGAUGCCCCCUCCGCACUUUGCCGGCUCGUACGCCAGGGGAGCCCAUCUGAGGUCGUCUGUUCCCGUCCGUGAAGCCAACAAGGGCGUCGAAGAGCGAUCGGGCGGCACAGCUCGAUCCGAUAAGCGAUCGCCUUCUUCCCCACCGAAUAAGGUUCUGAGGUCCGCCGCCGACGGCUCCAUGAAUCCGCCGGAACCGAAGCGUCAGCCCUCGGAUCAGGAAGCUGCUUCCCCGGUGGGGGCCGCCGCGAUCGGGGAGAAGCUGAACCUGGACCAGUUCGAGUGGCCCAAGAUCUUCAUAUCCCUCUCGCGCAAGGAGAAGGAGGACGACUUCCUAGCCAUGAAGGGCACCAAGCUGCCCCAACGCCCCAAGAAGCGGGCCAAGAACAUCGACAAGACUCUUCAGUUUUGUUUUCCAGGAAUGUGGCUGUCGGAUUUGACGAGGGGACGGUAUGAAGUGCGGGAGAAGAAAUGCGCUAAGAAGUUGUUGCUUUGUGCAGAGGCGGAGGGGAUUGAAGGGGAUGGAGAGCAUGGAGAGCGACUCCGAGUGAAUGCGGUCGAGGCAUGCAUGGAUGCAGCUCCAGGUCGCGUUGAUCUCUUCUUCCUCCUCACGCUCCGUCGUGUCGUUGGUGUCGGGAGUUCUUUGUUUCUCACGCUGGUUUUGGGGAGCGUUUGUAACCCUCCGUGCAUCCUCUGAGCCCUUGUACAGAUCCGCAGCUGGCAUUAAUGGAGAAAAAAAAAGUCAAUUCGAUCAAA